AUGGAGUAUCCGGAAGGUAAAAAUCAACAUUUUCGACACCUGCUCUUCUUCGCUUUUCAUCGAGGCCAAAAAGCUGCUGAAGACAUUUGCAACGCAUACGGAGAAGCGGGUUUGUUUCAUUCGCUAUUGUUGACUUUUGCAGAUGGUAGGAAACUAGCGAGAAUGACAGGAGCAGAGAAGGAGACGAUUUCCUCCAACGACAAUAACAAAGCGCACGAGGAGCCAAUGAUCUCGAAAAGCAGAUCUAAGGAAAGAAACGAAGAUGAAAAUGGCGUCGAGUCGAAGCCGACCCAGUCUAGAUCGGCACCUGAAUCUCCUCGCAAGAAAAAGAACUAUGGUCCUGAAGAUAUGGUAAAAGUGUUUGUUCCCGUGUCUAUAUGCAUGUCAAUUGUUGUGGCUUGUACAAGAAAUAUUGCCGUAUACCGAGGAGACCGUAUUAUAAAGACGUUCUAUGUAGUUUACCACGAGCCGGAAGCGGAAGCAACAACAAAAUUGUGGCAUUCAUUGGUGAACGCUGCCGUUUUCCUAGGAGUCGUCGUCACUGCAACGUUUGCAAUUCUUGCUCUCUUCUAUUUCAAGUUUUACAGAUGCCUCAAUUUCUUCAUCAUGUUCUCAACAUUCGUUUUGAUCACUUUAAUAUCACUAAUGCAAUACUAUGAGAUCCUGAAAGCUAUAAAUUUUCCGAUCUCGUCACUAACAGUUUUGUUUCUGCAUAUAAAUCUUGCUGUCAUUGAGUUGAUGUCGAUCUUUUGGAAGGGGCCACUGAAGUUGCAGCAGGGAACGCUAAUAGUUAUGUCGGCGAUGGUAACUCUGACGAUAAUGCGUGUAUUCCCGAAAUGGACCAGUUGGACAGUGUUGAUCAUACUGGCAUUCUGGGAUCUUUUUGCUGUGCUUUCGCCAUGCGGUCCACUGAAAAUAUUGGUGGAGGUUGCCGAAGAACGUGGAGAAGAUCUUAUGCCAGCAAUAAUAUACACUGGUACUGCGUCUACACCUAGAACUGAUCCUACGCAGUCGCAUGAAGAGGAAGACUUGAAAAGACGACGAAUCUCUCAGUCGCCAACAAGAAAGACAGAGUCAAUACGCAAUCCAGUUCUAUCCUCCGAGGAUCAAAGUGAGAAUAGAAAUAUUCGCCUUGGUUUGGGCGACUUUAUUUUCUAUUCACUUUUGGUGGGUAACGCAUCCGCACUUGCUGAGUGGACUACCACCGUCGCCUGUUUCGUGUCGAUCCUGAUGGGCCUCGGUUUCACGCUAAUGCUCUUAGUGGUGCUUCAAAAAGCGCUCCCUGCGUUGCCAAUAUCCAUAGCUUUUGGAGCAAUAGCAUUCUUUUCGUCAAAAUUCGUCGCUUCAAAGUUUAUAAACGUGAUUAACAGAGAGUUCAUCUUUUUGUAG